GUUCACGCCACCAUUCCGCUCCAAGGCCUCACUGGCACCGCAUCUCAUCCUGUCAAUCGGCCGGGAGAUUGACCCAUCUCUCACAUACGUAGCCCCUUCGGCACCUCAUCACCGCGGCGGGCCCGGUGAGAUGCCGUCUCACCAUGCCUUCCUCCCAGGAUAUACAGCUCGCCAUUAACCGCAUCUACCGCGCUCUAUCCGGCAAGAGAAAGCCCGGAUUUCGAGAUAUCCGUCUCGGACUCGACCGCAUUAACCGAGUCGUACCGGCCACCCAGGAGUGGAAGGGGGUUCAUGUCGCCGGCACCAAUGGCAAAGGCUCCAUCUGCACCUUUCUCGCCGGCCUCUUCAAGCUCGGUGGUAUUGGAUAUGGAAGCUACACGUCACCAGCCUUCCCGGAAAGCUAUAAUGGCAUCACCAUCAAUGGACUCUAUGUGAAUCCGCGCAUGUAUGAGAUGGAGAAGAACCACGUUCAGGCCAAGUGGGAUCGCAUAGCCUCCGGGUGGAAGUUCCAACACGGCGAAGACCCCGAGACUUUGUCGCCUUUUGAACUCGAGACGGCCACAGCCUUUCGCGUAUUCGAAAAGAUGCAUGUCCCAUACGGCAUCGUCGAGGUCGGCAUGGGUGGAGCCACUGAUGCCACCAAUGCCAUGAAACAAAAGGCCGUCACUGUCAUUUCCAAGAUCGGCCUCGAUCACCAAGAGUUUCUCGGAAACAGCAUUGAGAAUAUCGCCAAGGUCAAGGCUGGCAUCAUGCAAAAGAAUGUCCCUUGCAUCGUCGACCACACCAACCCUCCAUCCGUCAUACGAGUGCUGAGAGAACACGCUCGGGAGGUGGGAACCGAUCUCAUCCUCACCUGGAAGGCCGAACCCUUCCUACUGACCCUUAACAACGAGAAGUGGAAGCUAGAAAGCUACCAGAUCCAGAAUCUACUGUGCGCAGCCCUGGCUUUUAGACACAUAUUCCCUCAUAAGGAGAUCAACCUCGACAAACUACUGGCCACCGAGCCCUACCUCCCCGGUCGGAUGGAGGAGGUUCAGAUCUCGCCAGAGAUUUCUGGAACAGAAGAUCGGAAUAUCCUGGUCGACGGAGCUCACAACAUGUUAGGAAUCGAAGGACUUGUCAGCCAUGUCGACAAGUGGCUUCGGAAGGAUACGCAGCCAGUGACCUGGGUCAUGGGAAUGUCGUCAAGCAAACACAAGCCGUUUGAUCAAAUUAUCGAAAAGGUUGUCCGACCCCAAGACAAUCUUGCCUUUGUGGAAUUUACUCAAGGGCCCAAUGACCCUGCACCAGCUCCUGCCAACUAUGGCGCAGACCACGCCAAGGCCAUUGUCAAGAGUCCCGAUCAAAUUUACGCAGGCCAGCCCGAAGUUGGAACUGCGUUGCAAUGGGCGUGCGACAAGGCCGGCAAAGACGGCCCGGUUGUGGUAACCGGCAGCCUCUACCUCAUAAGGGAUCUGUUCAAGCUCGAGGGCAUCCGUCGAAAGCGAGAGCUUGGAACUCGCAGGCCUGGGCGAUCACAACUAUAUCGAUACACCAAGCUCGCACAAGAGCGGAAGUUGACGGAGGAGGAGGAAAGGGAGUUCAAGCAGGCACGGCGACACUGGCAUCUAUCACCUAUACGCAACAAGACCUUUGCCAACGUGCGUGAUGGUGGCAAGGUCAACUCUCCAGAGGUGUCGGCGGAGACUUCCGAGUGGCAACGGAAGGCCGCCUACCACAAGACACAAGCGAAUGGAUACCGGAAAUCGAUUUCUGCCAUUCAGAAUGAUAUCAAACGAAACUCCGCCAAAGACGGGCAAUCCUCCAACGAGGUCGUCGACAGUCUCGCCGAUAAGCUGGAAGGUCUCAAGAAUCAGGCCAUAGAACACCGAGAGGAGUAUCAAAAGGCCAUGCUCCAGGUCAGGGGGCGGCGGGCCUUGCCCCACAAGAAGUUUAUGGGGCACACGAUGAUCCUCGGACGGCCGCGGAAGGCUAGGGAGACCACAAAGUCGCCUUUCAUCAUGCCCGAACGAACAGAGACCGCCGAGUCUGCAGCACAGCGCAGCUCUAACGUCGCGUGGGAAUCGAAUGUGGGGGAGGUGGCGGCAGCAGCAGCAGCUAAUGAGGCGAAUGAAUUGAGGAAUAUUCGCGCCGCGCAGAAGAAGGACGGCAAGGGGACUUCAGUUGAUCCGUUUGCGGAUACCUUGGCAUCGGGUCGACGAGACUCGUAGAGAUCGCAGAUGUGCCAGGACUUACUUAAAUAUCUAUGACCAUGUACUACUAGGACGGGUUGGGAUGGGAUGCAUAGAAUCGGAACGCAAGCACCACGGGCUGACGGAACCUAACUGUAUAUUACAAUGCCGUUGGAGAAUACUUGGUCUUGAAUCUUAUUGUUAAUGCGCUUGUUCAA